UUCAAAAAUUCAGCUUCACAAGGAAGAAGAAAGAACAACAACAAAUAUCAUAGAUUCUUCUGCAUAAUCAAGCGCAUGAUUCUCUCACAAACUUUGAUCAAUUUCUGAUAGCAAAAAGAACGCGUUUUCAUCGAAUAGAUAACGAUAGCUUUGAGCUUUGAUAAUUGAGGACCAGCAACAACACUGGAAUUGGUUGGCUGGGUCGGUUUCAAGUUCGGAUUUUUUGUUCGCUUGCUUUCUGGGUUUUGGUGCUGAGAGAGUUAUGGCUCUUUGGUUAUGCUGCGGAAAUGGCAAGAAACGAGGGAAAGAACACGCGACGUGGCGUGUGUUUUCUUUGAAGGAAUUACAGUCUGCUACAAAUAAUUUUAACUAUGAUAACAAGCUUGGAGAAGGGGGCUUUGGCAGUGUGUAUUGGGGCCAACUUUGGGACGGAUCGCAAAUCGCAGUGAAGAGAUUGAAAGUUUGGAGCAACAAAGCUGACAUGGAAUUUGCCGUUGAAGUUGAAAUAUUGGCAAGAGUUCGGCACAGGAAUCUUCUUAGUCUACGUGGCUAUUGUGCUGAAGGGCAGGAACGGUUGAUUGUAUAUGAUUAUAUGCCGAAUCUGAGCUUGCUCUCUCAUCUACAUGGAUCGCACUCGUCAGAAUGCCUUCUUGAUUGGAAACGACGGAUGGAUAUUGCAAUUGGAUCUGCUGAGGGGAUUGUAUAUCUUCACCACCAAGCAACACCGCAUAUCAUCCACAGGGAUAUCAAGGCAAGCAACGUUUUGCUAGACUCGGAUUUCCAGGCCCGGGUUGCUGAUUUUGGUUUUGCUAAGUUGAUACCUGAUGGUGCAACGCACGUGACUACAAAAGUUAAGGGUACCCUCGGAUACCUCGCCCCAGAAUACGCCAUGUUAGGCAAAGCAAAUGAGAGUUGUGAUGUCUAUAGUUUUGGUAUUCUCCUUCUAGAACUUGCUAGUGGCAAGAAACCAAUUGAAAAGCUUAGUUCGGCAGUUAAGCGGCCAAUAGUUGAUUGGGCACUGCCAUUGGUAUGCGAAAGGAAAUUUAGCGAACUCGCUGAUCCACGACUAAACGGUGAGUAUGUGGAGGAAGAGCUUAAAAGGGUUGUUUUUACUGCGCUGAUAUGCGCUCAAAAUCAACCUGAGAAGAGACCUACCAUGCUUGAUGUCGUUGAACUGCUAAAGGGAGAAUCUAAAGACAAAAUUUCUCAGAUAGAGAAUAGUGAAUUGUUCAAAAGCCAUCCAGCCGUAGAAAACAGUGAUCCGAAAUCUGGGACCGAAGAUGACGGUUCAGACUUAAUCUUGGAGGUAAAAGAAUCAAAACAUGACUUGAAAGAGAAUACCGGUGAAUGAUGCUCUAAUAAAGGAAAGAAAAAAAAAGGGAAGUUGGUGAUAUAUCAAAUACAAGUUGUGAAGUUAGGAUGAAGUUGGUCUAAUGUGAAUUUGGCUUUACUUGAAAAUAGGUUUCUCCCUCUCUCUUCCAUUGUCAAGUGUUUGUAUUGAUUUGAAUUUGAUGAAGUGAUGUCUGUGUAGUAUGCUAGACAUCUUGUGUUGCCGGUUUGGAAUGUAUGUCAUGUCAGUUACCUUUAUUGUUUACUAUUCUAUUGUCAAUAUUCUUUGAAAUUUUUCUUUCUA